AUGUGCUCGUGUCCAUUCUUAGUCCAUCCCAUCGAUAAGCUUGCAUUGCACAUUCUGAAUCCGUCCUGAGUCGAACUCAAGCCUAAUCUCCCAAAACACCAUGGCCUCACCAACAGAUGCCAAUCCAACCUACGUUUACAAGCUCAUUUCAUCAGCAGCAGCCCCACCUGAUCCGCUGCCCGAUCGGCUCCCCGUGAGCGACCUCGACCAGACAUCCGGCUUCAUCCACCUCUCCACCGCACGCCAAAUCCCCAAUACACUCAAACUGUUCUACAAAGAUCACGUCAAAGUCUACGUACUCCGCAUCCCUUACGACCCUGUCGAGAAGAACAUCAAGUGGGAGGACCCAAAGGCAGAGGUGGGCGGUCCGCGCGGAGGGGAGGGCAUGUUUCCACACCUUUACAAUGAGUUUAAGCUGGGCAGGGACGAGGUGGAGAGCGUGCAGUCUUGGGAGAAAGGGCCUGAUGAAUGGGACUCGGCUCUGCAGGCAGCAGAGGCAUGGCUCGUUUACUGAUGAUUAUAUGUGAGUUCCUCUGCGCGACGUUGUACUGUAGCGAUGGGCUGAAACUUGAAGAGGGGAUGGUGAUUGCAAGAUGAGAAUGCAUAUCGCGAUCUGCUCCUGCUCCAAGA